UUUUCAAAACCACCGAAUCUAAGUUUAGAGAAAAGAAGAGAAAAAAAUCUUUCCUUUUUGUUUUUGUUUACAUACUUCAAUUUUCUAUCUGUCCAAACAGAAUUUAAAAAAAAGAAAAAAAAUGUUUCUUGUAGAUUGGUUUUAUGGGAUUUUAGCGUCUCUUGGUUUGUAUCAAAAGGAAGCAAAGAUCUUGUUCUUGGGACUUGAUAAUGCUGGCAAAACAACUCUGCUUCAUAUGCUCAAAGAUGAGAGACUAGUUCAGCAUCAGCCAACACAGUACCCAACAUCGGAAGAACUAAGCAUAGGAAUGAUCAAAUUCAAGGCCUUUGAUUUGGGUGGUCAUCAGAUUGCUCGUAGAGUCUGGAAGGACUAUUACGCCAAGGUCGAUGCUGUGGUGUAUCUGGUUGAUGCAUACGACAAGGAACGAUUCGCAGAGUCGAAAAAGGAGCUUGAUGCCCUCCUUUCGGAUGAAUCACUAGCAGACGUACCAUUCCUCAUCUUGGGGAACAAGAUCGACCUACCGUACGCAGCGUCGGAGGACGAAUUACGUUUCCAUAUGGGGUUGACAAACUUCACAACAGGGAAAGGGAAGGUUAAUUUGGAAGGCACCAAUGUGCGUCCACUCGAAGUUUUUAUGUGCAGCAUUGUGCGUAAGAUGGGAUAUGGGGAUGGUUUCAGAUGGCUCUCUCAGUACAUUAAGUAAAAAAAAAUUGCCAUUUUUAGCCGGCAAGAAAAAUAUGUGUGCGCUUUGUUGUAAAUGUUCAUCUUAAUCUAAUAUUUAGGAUUGGAACUUUGUUUAUUUUGGUUAUGUUGCUUAUAGAGAGGAUGGUAAAGUUACUUUGGUUGCCAGUUUGGUGAGAAUCAAAUAUAGACCAAGAAGGAAUCAAGAUUUUGUGUA